AUAUCAAAAGAUAAUUUCUUCCUACCGUGUUCUCACUCGACACGUUGCACUUCGCAAAUCGGUGUGUGUGACAAGUCGCCAAUUCUAUUCAUUUCAUACUCAAAGAUUCUUUUCCUCCGACCUCUACAAUUAACACAAAUGAAGGCUCUUAUUCUUGUUGGAGGCUACGGGACUCGGCUUCGGCCGCUCACUCUUUCUAAACCGAAACCUUUGGUUGAAUUUUGCAACAAGCCGAUGCUCUUGCACCAAGUUGAAGCAUUAGUCCAGGCUGGAGUCAAACAUAUUAUCUUGGCCGUAAGUUACAGAGCAGAACUAUUAGAGAAAGAAAUGAAAGAGCAAGAACAAAAGCUUGGCAUCAAGAUUACAAUUUCACAAGAGAAGGAGCCUCUAGGAACAGCUGGUCCACUCGCGUUGGCACAUGACUACCUCACAGUCAACAAUGAGCCCUUCUUUGUGCUAAACAGUGAUGUGAUCUGUGACUUUCCAUUCAGAGAGAUGGUGGAGUUUCAUAAAAAGCAUGGCAAAGAAGGAACAAUUGUUGUAACCAAAGUUGAAGAACCUUCCAAGUAUGGUGUUGUAGUGUACAACUCAGAGACCGGUUGCAUAGAGAGAUUUGUUGAGAAACCUGAAGUUUUUGUUUCAAAUAAAAUCAACGCUGGAAUGUAUAUAUUCAACCCAUCUAUUCUCAACAGAAUUGAGAUGAGACCAACUUCUAUAGAAAAGGAGGUCUUUCCAUUCAUGGCUAAAGAUUCACAAUUAUUUGCAUUUGAUUUACAAGGGUUUUGGAUGGAUGUAGGCCAACCAAAAGACUUUCUCACUGGAAUGUGCAUGUACCUGAAUUCGCUGAGGAAAAAAUCACCAGAGCUUCUUCAUGAGGGGCCUGGAAUCAUUGGCAAUGUAUUAGUAUGUCCUACAAGCAAAAUAGGAGACCACUGUAGAAUUGGUCCCAAUGUGGUUAUCGGACCUGGCGUUGUUGUACAAGAUGGUGCUUGCCUCUCCCGGUGUGUGGUUUUAAAGGAUGCCACUAUUCGCUCGCAUUCGUGGAUACAGUCCUCCAUCAUUGGCUGGAAGUCAGUCGUAGGACAGUGGGUGCGCAUGGAAGGCGUGUCUGUCCUCGGCGAGGAUGUGAUCGUAAAAGACGAGCUGUACAUCAAUGGUGGGCGGAUUCUUCCCCAUAAGUCAAUAGGAGCAUCUUCGCCAGAACCACAGAUCAUCAUGUAGCCGUAACUACAGCUUAAAUUAGAGUUUAAUCCACGAAUCAAAUUAAAGCGCACGCCAAUCAAAGUAAUACGUUUACCAAUCAGACGGAAAAUAACAUCCGCAAGAAUUGUAUCAUAAUAAUAUAGCUGGUCAUAUUUCACGAGCAUUUUAGGUUUUUAGGGCAAAUGGUUUUUCCUCCGCAUGUCAAAGAUUUUCUUCUUCCGAAAAUGCCUAUACCCUCACCUCACGGAGUUAUUUUUCGACCAAGAACGUCUACACUAGAAGACGUGCAACAAACCAAACAUACAACAAACCCCAGGAUUACCCAUUUCCUUUGGGAAGCUUGUCAAACAGCAAGCAGUCAUUUUAAAAAUGAUAGGGUAAAUAAAUGGUGAAUUUUAAUAAGUAUUUGUGACAGUAAUGCAUACUAAAUUACCAAGUGGUCACCGCAGGCCACUUCCCAGGCUCUCGCGCGGUAAGUCCCCAAGUAGCCGCUGGUUGCCAUCGAGCAUGCGCAGUGAUGUAGAUAGGGCUGUUCUGUUACUAACAACUAAUGUAAAUUCAUGUAAAAUAAAAAUAACAAGUACUUUA